CUUGCCACUUCUGUCCUACUCCCCAUCUUGUGAGAGAGCACUGACUUAGAACAACAGAACCAUGGGGGUUUUUAGCAGAAACAGUGCUGUACCAAGGUUCAUGAACCGACAACUCCCAUAACAUGAAGUUUCAUAUGAAACUCCGGGAGUUAAGAUGCUGUUAGCAUCCUGGCUGUCCGACCCUUUCAGAGAAAUCUCUAACUACCCCUCCCUGUAUUUUGAGGCUGCUCCAAUAAACAGUGGCAGUUUCGGAAAGCGUUUUCCUGGAAGUCAGUAAACUGCUGUUUCUGACAUUUUCAGAGACCUUGGCCUUUCGUCAAACCUCCGCGAUUCCCGCAGCCGACUGAAAAUGUCGGAGUUCCGGUCUCAAAGAUCUGAAAUCGAUGGGAGCCAACCCUGCGGCGCGUCAACCAUCCACCUUGGAAACAAUCAUCAUGACAUCCAGGCGCCGGCGGUUCCCCUCACUACUUUGGCUGAGUCGUCCAUUGUUCACGCAUCAACAGACCGGGGAGGAAACAGUCACACAGCAACCGGCGGUGGUGCAGAAAAGACAGGAAUUACUGGCACUGAAGGCUCCAGUGACUCAGAAGAGCAUGAUCAGCUCAACUCAGUUCAAGACUUGAACUUGAACUCGGAUCUCCAUUUAAAUGCAUCUGGGCCGUUUCCAGACGAUCCUAGCAGCAUGGAUCCCUUCCAUGGUCAUGGCCGCUUUCUUCAGCAGGCCCCCGGAGCCGUGACUCACGGAAGGAGCCAACAGCAGCACCAUGGAAGGAGCCAACAUGGAAACAUGGAUCCCACCAUUACCGCCGCCGCUGCUGUGGCAUGGUCUGCAUCAUCCUUCACGCAGCUGCUGUGUUCCGUCUCCCCGGCGUAUCAGCUCCGGCGAAACAUCCACCAGGAACACGUCAUGACCAAUGAUGAUCCCGAGGCCGGCAGCAGCAGCACCAGUCAUAUAAACCACGGUGAUCCCGAGGAGAAUCUGACCCCAGGAAUGACUCCAGGAAUGACUCCAGGAACGGAGUGGGUUGAAGAACAGCAGCAGCAGCCAACAUCUGCGUCCAUGCUGGUGCAGCAGUACCAGAAUCUUGGAGUGCUACCCCCUGGCAGAGAGGUAUUCUUCUCCGCCUUCGCCCAGAAUCAUCAUCCCAUGUCUCUCCAUCCGACCACCAAUUCUCGGUGUCAUAAUCCCGCUCCUUGUCUAACCGGAGAGCCUUUCAGGCCGGCUGUUUUCUCCCGCACGGCAGCACAAGAGCUUCUGGAAGCAGCAUGCAUCCCUUUUGGGGCACCUCAGAAUGUCUUCUCAGGCACUGUGGCAUCACAUGAGCUUCUGGAAGCCGCACCCUCCCCUUUUGAAGCGUCUCCAGAUGCCCUGCCAGACGCUGCAGCAUCACACGAGCUUCUAGCAGCAUCCGCCGCAGCAUCGGGACACCACUCAGCAGCCCUUGUACCAGCUUCUGCUUUCCCUGCUUCAGCCCUUCCUGCUCUGUUUCAACCCGGACCGAUGGUUUCGUCUGCAGCAGCUACUAUGAGGCCGAUCGGCCAAAUGGAUUCCUCCGUUGGUGUCGGGUGUACUAGUGCUGCCCCUAGUAGAGCUAUCCUUUACCUGCCCGGGAGACCUUGCCCGCCGCCGCUGCCCGUGAUCACGCACACUUGGGCUGGACGGACCCUGCCACAGCCUGCUGCCUCUGCUUGCUCCCCUGCUGCUACUGCUUUCUCCCCUGCUGCCACAGCCUUCUCUCCUGCCGUCUCUGGCGCUCCUGCUGCUGCCCCUGGCUCGCCUGUUGCUGCCCUUGGCCCUCGCAGACACUCCUUUCUCCCUGUUCCUGGUCGUGCCUCUUUUGAGGAUGACUCGGUGUCUGCGUCGUCGUCAGUUCCAUAUCCUGGAAUUGCUUGGGACGAUGUUGUUGUGGCUGGCUGUGGUGCAGCUUCAGGGCAUGGUGGCUUAGUGGCGGCCGCUGCUGCUGCUGCUGCUGGUACUGCUGUUGCCGCUGCUCGGGAAGAGGAUAUGGCUGCAAGUUAUGGUGAUGCAGUUGGGAUGGAUUAUGGCAAUGCUGGUGACGUGGAUGUCGCUAGUGUCGCUGAUGGCGCUGAUGGUGCUGAUGGUGCUGACUCCACCGCCUCUGCGAGCACGAAUGAGCACGGCAGCACGAGCCAGAGUGAGUCGGAUGCGCAAUGAUUACCUUAUUCCACUGGUGCAGACUAAGGGCAUGCUGUCAGCGCUGGUGACGGUGAUGGCGCUGAUGGCAUGGCGCUGGUGACGCUGCUGACGCUAAUGACACUAGU